AUGCAAACUUACCUUUUUACUCCUUACCUUCAAGAGUCUCAACCUGACUUUACUAAUGAAUCGAUGAUAAAUGCUUUGGAGAACAAUAAUAAACAUUUACUGGCGAUGUGUCUCUAUUCUAAAAGUCUUAAUGAGGACAUGACUGGGCUAUUAACCCAUUUCGAGAUGCUUAAAAACCACUGCUAUAACUGAAAGGAUCCUUCUAGUCGUCCUCCUACUAAGGAAGAGCUGAUAUGGCAACUUACUUCAACUAGAAAUUUCCAAUUUUCGCUAAAAUUAGCUUCGGGUGUAACAAUUCCGGUCUGUAAGAAAAAGACUUUCGUCGUUAGCGUUGACUUAAAAAUUAAUACUGAUGUGCAUUUAGACAAAUCGUUUAAGAUUGAGCUUGAAGCCGCACUUUAUCUUGCUGAAAAUCCACCUGUAAAGCUUACAGUAAGCAAAGCAGGUAAGCCACCACUCAUUGGAAAUACCAAAACUGUCCUCUGCUGGAACCAAAAGAAAAAUUGUUUUUCUGCAAAUUUCAAGCUUAAAGCAAACGAGGUUUCUUCGCAUUAUAGGAAUGGGUGGUUUUUCUUAGUUAUUAUGCCUGAAAAUAAUGCCAGUUUUGAUAUCAAACCACUGGUUAUUGACAAUUUUAAUGUCAAGGCAAAGCAAGUUGCUUGUGUUCAAUUUAGCAAAAAUAAAGAUUAUGAAUAG